UCGGCGUCUCAGCCAUCCGUACGUAUGGAGAUCUGUUACUUCCCGCGCAAAUUUAAAACCAUGAUAAACAAAAGUUAAGUGCAUUGAAGAACGUUGGAAAAGUUUUCAGGCAACGAUUGUAGCACGAAUGAAUCUACCGAGAAGCUGAAUGAAGGCCGUUAGGGCCUGAUGGAGGGAUUAGCGUUCCGAACACUGCUUUUACUAGCGGUGCUGUCACGCUUUGUAGGAACAAAUGCAGCUCGAUUUGGUGACCGAAUCGCCCCAAGGGUUCCAGUACCAUACGCACCACGGAAUGUACCUUCAGCCAAUAGUUACACAGAGAGUGAGGAUAGUGAACUCCAGGAACAGGAGUAUGAUGAAAACAUAUUCGCUAUCGAACAUGAGGAACGGAAGCCGAAGACGGAAACCUCACACAGGCGUCCCGCGCGCACAGAAGCACAUAGACUCGAAAUGAGCACAGAAUACUUCAUUAUACCAGAGAGAUCAUCGACAACUCCAUCCACUACUUCAUCACGAACCAAAACUAUUUCAACAUUGAAACCGUUCAAUUUUACCUUAUCAAGUUCCAAGAAAGUUUCUCUCACAAAUUCAUUGAGGACAGAUCCUUGGGCUCUUCCUAUAUUGGCGCUGUCUUGCGUUUUAAUGGUCACCAUAAGUGGAUUUGAAGCCUUUGUGAUAUGGGGAGCCAGUCGUAAAGCUCCAAGCAAUCGCCACUUGCUCUUGGGACAGACAUUACUUUUUGGACUAUUUUUGUGUGCAGGGACUGCAGCAUUGCACACUGCAUCACCUAAUGUGUUUACGUGUGGAGCAAUCCGGUUUGGAACGGGAGUGUCGUAUGUUAUAGUAUUCGUGUCGUUACUAGUGAAGUGUGUUUUCCUGUUAAGUUUAAACGGUGGUGUUUAUUUACCUGCAGCGUACCAAGGAUUGUUACUCUUUUUCGCAAUAAUGAUUCAAGUUGCCAUCGGGGCGCAAUGGCUGGGAGGUUCACCUCCGCAGGUUACAACAGAUGGAGUGAGAUGUGAUACUCCACUGCCAGAUUUAUUAUUAUCUCUUUGUUAUGCUGCGUUUUUGAUUACUAUUGUGGGUGGGGUUGCGCUACGCUCACGGGCGAUACGAGACAACUAUCGGGAGACGACGCAUAUAGCAGCAGCUGCUGGUGCGACAGCAGCCGUUUGGUUGUGCUGGGUGGCAGCAGCUUUGGGAGCGCCAGAGCGGCAUAAAGAUGUAUGUAUCGCAGCUGGUCUGCUGGGUACGUGUACUGUCGUGUUCGCUCUGAUGUUUGCUCCCAAAGGCAGGCGCCUAGCAGCUCUGGGCCGCGAAGGCCGGUGGGAUACAGACCGCGAGGAAGGCCUCAGUUCUCUGGGCGCGGGUGGCUCUGGUUACUCGCCGUCCUUCUUCCACUUCAAGCCCGUCAAAUACGGAAUGGUUUCGGCGGCCGCUCCACUUCCAGCGCCUCCAAUAUUGGAUCGUAAAGAACCUUCUGCUCAGCAAGCCGAUGCACACGGUGGUAUGUUCGUGGGUUCUUACUUCCACACUCGCACAUUGUGCCCUCCGCCGCACUACCCCCUGCACCCAUUAACACAAUAUUAUAACUACAAUUACCCGCCUUAUAACUUCAUGUUACCACCAGGUGUGAUGGUACGACCGGAGGAGACUGGCGUGUACACUAGCGUGGAACCGACCUUCAGCAGCAAUCCCAACGUGUUCUUCCAACGAUCCGAACCUCUACAUGUCGGCAUGAUGUAUUAAGGGAUUUCGUGCAUUACUUUUAAGUGUAAAAGAUCGCCAACGGUCUUGUAAAUACAAUGUGUGGCAUGCA